UUAAUUAGAAGAUGAAAACUGCAUAAAAAAAUGUAGAGUUUAGUAUAUAAACAGGAACUUGUAAAUCGAUCAACAAGUUUGAUUACAUGCGGUUAGUAGAGAAGUUUGGUUGAUUAAAUAUAUCAUAAUUUGAUCAGUGAUUCAGCUUUCCAUAAUACUAUCAUUUAAGUCACGUUCGAGUAAUUUUAUUAAACUACUCCUGGCGGAGAUCCAUCAGUUCACAAACUGAAAGGAUGAGCAUCAGUUCUAAUAAAAUGAUACAACAAUGGUUCAUCCUCAUCAUCUUUGUAUGGAACUUCUCAUCGAAUAUGGCUAUAAUUACUGUUGAUUUUGACGAAGAUAUACGUGAGUGCGGAAAUGGGAUGCCGAUACCAGAUGUGGAUCUGUCCCAGUUUAGCAUACUGCCCCAAGAUGAUGGAACCAUGGUGGUGAAUGGAACGGUCAAGAUUAUUAACGGUUUCGGGAAUCCUACCAGGUGGAACAUGUAUUCUAAGCGACAGGAGCAAGGCAAAUGGAACCCUGGAAUAAUCUCGCGAGAUAUCCCCAAUUUUUGCGCGGUUCUUCAACUGCAAACCGAAUCAUGGUACCAAUUUACAAAACAUUUGAAGCAGGGACACUGUCCAAUCAAAGCAGGGUACUCGGAAAGUUUCGACAACUUAAACAUUGGAAACGUGGCGUCUGCGUUCGAGAUUCCAGCGGCGUUCAUCGGCGAUUGGAGAAUCUACAACGAAAUCACCACCUUCCGCAAUGGGCGUCUCGAGAAGGAGUGCUACAUGGUGCCAGCCACAAUCGCCGAGGUUUAGGAGGAAAUGGGUGAAGAGUUUCAAGAGGGAACGAAUUUUUGUUCAGGAGUUUGUCAACUUAUGUUCGUUCUAUUUUUAAUCAAAGUUCUUUUCCAACGUUUUUUUUUAUCAUCCUUUCUUCAAAAUAUACCAAAAGAAGUUGGAGAAAUUUCCUCACGACAUCAAAAAGUCAAAAUGUGUGUGUGGAGAGAUUGGCCAGGCCAGGGAACCCAGGCCCCAGAGCCGGUUAGUGGGGUGUUCUUCGCCGAAAUUCUACUGCGUCGCAAUUUGGUGUGUGUGCUGGCUUUUUACGGCCAAGGGUUCAACAAACCUGUGUGAUGAUUUCAGCCAAGAUGACGAUGAUGAUGAUGAUAGGUGUGCAAUCAAUAUUCUGAAAG